AUGGACAACGAUCCCAUUUCUCCCGAGUCUCAACAGAUCUUAGCUCACCAAGCAACACUCGAUCGAUUAGCCUCAAGACAGCAAUACGACGAUACGUUCGAUGGCAUCGACUUGGUUGACGGUACGAGAGUGGAUAAUAACUCCAAUUCAACCCUAUCUUCAGAUAAAGAUCUCGAAAAAGGAGACGAACAAGGAACAGCAGCACCACCACUACACCAACACGCAUCACACAAGCAAAGAGAUCCCAAUCUUAUCGAAUGGGAUGGACCUAACGACCCAGAGAAUCCCAUGAAUUGGACCGUUAAAAAGAAAUGGAUAACAACCAUAGCCCUUGGCUUCAUGACUUUCUGCGUUACCUUCGCUUCAUCAGUAUUUAGUAAUGCAACCGUCGACGUAGCAGAGCUCUAUCACGUUAGCACUGAAGUCUCUACCCUUGGCACAAGUCUUUUCGUGUUUGGAUUCGCUGUUGGACCUUUAAUCUGGGGACCAGGCUCCGAAAUCUUUGGCCGCAAACUUCCUCUCUUCUUCGGCUAUUUCUGCUUCGCCAUCUUCCAAAUCCCCAUUGCCGUUGCACAGAACCUCUACACAAUCAUGCUCUGUCGCUUUUUCGGCGGUGCCUUCGCUUCUGCCCCUCUCGCCAUCGUCGGUGGUGCUUUAGCAGAUUUCUGGGGCCCCGUUGAUCGCGGUAUCGCAGUCUGCGUCUUCGCUUGUGCAACGUUCAUUGGACCUAUUGCUGGGCCGAUCAUGGGCGGUUUUAUCACGCAGAGUUAUCUGGGCUGGAGAUGGACUGCUUGGAUUACCUUGAUCAUGGCCGCUUUCUUCGGCACCGUUGGAUUCUUCCUAGUACCCGAAUCCUCACACAGCAAGGUUCUUCAAGACAGAGCAACGAAGAUCCGAUUCGAGACUCAAAACUGGGCUGUCCAUUCUCAGCGAGACACGAUCCCGGUAGAUAUCACCUCCAUCAUCCACACCUACCUCUUCAAACCCUUCAAGAUGCUCGCCCAAGAACCCAUCUUGCUCCUCGUCACCAUCUACAUGUCCCUCAUCUACGGUAUCCUGUACCUCUUCUUCGAAGCCUACCCCAUUUCCUUCCAAGAACAGCGCGGUUGGAACCAAGGCGUUGGCGCGCUCCCCUUCCUCGGGAUCAUGAUCGGCGUCCUCUUUGGCGCCAUCACCAUCUCCAUCGUCACCAAAACCCGCUUCGCCCGCAAAUUGAAGAAACACGGGCGCGUCAUCCCCGAAGAGCGUCUUCCCCCCAUGAUCCUAGGCGCCGUCCUGCUCCCCAUCGGCCUCUUCUGGUUCGCCUGGACGUCGUCCCCGCACAUCACCUGGGUGCCGCAAGUUCUCGCUGGUAUCCCCAUCGGUUGGGGCAUCCUGAUGGUGUUCUUGCAGGGACUGAACUAUAUCAUCGAUGUGUACAUGUGGAACGCCAAUUCGGCUAUUGCGGCGAAUACCUUUCUGCGGAGCUUUGCGGGCGGUGGAUUCCCGCUUUUUGCAACGGCGAUGUAUCAUAAUCUGGGGGUGGCGUGGGCUACGAGCUUGUUGGGUUUCCUUUGUAUUGCGAUGAUUCCGGCGCCGAUUGCGUUUUACUUUUAUGGGGCGAAGAUUCGGGCGAUGAGUAAGUUCUCGCCAAGUUUGCCGCCUUUUGGGGGGAAGUAA